CCGCGGUCCCGGCUGCCGCGCGCCGCCUGGGUGUCUGGGCGAUCCAUGGGCUGCAGCGAGGGCCGCGAUGACAGAUUACGGCGAGGAGCAGCGCAACGAGCUGGAGGCUCUGGAGUCCAUCUACCCUGACUCCUUCACAGGCAGAUGUCUCUCAGCUAUCCCUGUAUAGCUCCAGUCCUGUUCAUGUUCUCUGUCAACAGCAGUACAGCUGUGCUGUGAGGAUGUUAAGGGGAUGAGUGAAGAGGGGUUUGAGAGUGUCAUUAACUGGCUUGACUGCACAUUGAUCCAAUUCUCCUAACAACUAGUCUCCCAAAAUGUAAAUGGACUUUCCUGAUACCACAUUCUCCUUCAGUGCUUCACUUGACAAGGUCCUGCUAAGUAUUAUCAGAAAAUCCACCCAGCUUCACCAUUACUGUGACAUCUGAGGCUGGAGAAAAUGAUGAAACUGUCCAGACUACCCUCAAGUUUACAUACAGUGAAAAAUACCCAGAUGAAGCUCCCCUUUAUGAAAUAUUCUCUCAGUUAAAUCUAGAUGAUAAUGAUGUCUCAGACAUUUUAAAAUUAUUAGCAUUACAGACAGAAGAAAACCUUGGUAUGGUGAUGAUCUUUACUUUAGUGACAGCCGUGCAAGAAAAAUUAAAUGAAAUAGUAGAUCAAAUAAAAACUAGACAAGAAGAAGAAAAAAAACAAAAAGAAAAAGAAGCAGAAGAAGCUGAAAAGCAAUUAUUCCAUGGCACUCCUGUUACAAUCGAGAAUUUCUUAAGUUGGAAGGCCAAGUUUGAUGCAGAACUCUUGGAAAAAAAGAAACGAAUGAAAGAAGAAGAACAAGCAGGAAAAAAUAAAUUAAGUGGGAGACAGCUAUUUGAAACAGAUCAUAAUCUCGACACAUCUGAUAUUCAGUUCUUGGAAGAUGCUGGAAACAACGUGGAGGUAGAUGAGUCUUUGUUCCAGGAAAUGGAUGACUUGGAGCUGGAGGAUGAUGAGGAUGACCCAGACUACAAUCCUGCUGACCGGGAGAGUGACUUGACCGACUAAUGGACUAGCCCGUCUCCAGAGAGGCUUGACUGCCAUAGCAUCUGUGGCUGUGCUAAGAGGGUGUUGAUUUUCCUUUCUUUUUUCUAAGAAAAAAUAAUUUUCAGGAGAAUAUUCUUCUGAUGGCUUUCAUCAUUGAACUUAAUAAACUGAUCUUAAAAUUUCA